GUUGAAUUGGCAACUGGCACAAUAUUAUAGUGUGAGCCAUAUCCCAGAAAGGAUUUAAUCUAAAGCAACUAUUAUUUUCGCCCGUCCAUUUUAUUGCACACACAUAAUGGCAGAUACGAAAGUUGACUCUGGUUCGGAUAUCUCUGCCAAGGACCUCAAGGAGAAGAAACUCCUUGAUGAGAAAGAGAAUGGUAAAAAGGUUGCCACCAAUGGAAAGGAAAAUGAGGAGAAUGGUGAGCCCGAGAUAGACGAUGAGGAUGAUGAGGAAGUGGAGGACGACGAUGAGGAAGAUGAGGGAGAAGGUGAUGAUGACGACGAUGACGAUGAUGACGAUGAUCUGGGGGGAGGCACAAAACGGGCAGCUGAUGAGGACGAUGAUGAGGAUGAUGAUGAUGAGGAUGAAGUUCAAACCAAGAAGCAGAAAACUGAUGACGAUGAUUGAUGCGUUUUCCUAUCGUGCUGUACACUUCCUGAUUCUUCACCUUUGACCUUUAUGUUGGAGGUGACAGUAAUGGAGGACUCAAAAAAACAUGGUCAUUAGAAAGUAGUUCAACAUCCAUGUCCACACAAACACCCCAACUGUAAAUGUUCUAAAGGAAACACCACCACAACAAUGCAGAUCAAGGCUCCACAUUCUCAAUGAAAUACACAAAAGGAGAAUUUGUUUGUAUUUUUAUUUACAUUUUAUAUUUUUGUACAUAUUGUUAGGGGAUCCGUUUCUGAAUAGUGACCUCCUGUGACCAAAUCGGUGCUUCUUUAUGAAAGAUUUAUUUGGUUGAGCACGUUAUGAUAUUUCAGCUGAAGAGGAUACAAAACAUGUAUAAAUCUUAAACCGUUGAACUCAGAGCAUUCCAGUAAAUUUAUGUAUGUUCUUUAGUUGUACCAUAGCUAGCGUUUGUUUGUAUGGGAGGGCAUGGCCAAAGAACAGGAGUCUCUAUUCCUUUUCAUUUCUGUUUUGUCGGCAAUUUGUUUUAUGAUGGCCUGUUCCGAUGUAUGUGUGAAGUUUGUUGUUUGACAAUAAACCGGACUUUUAUUUUGUGA